AUGACAGCUAUACCUGAUGAACAGCUCUUCGUCUAUGGUGAACGCGUCAAAGGGAAGGUUGUGGUAAUCACAGGUGCUUCCAAUGGCAUUGGAAGAGAGACAGCGCUACGCUUUGCAGUCCAUGGCGCCAAAGUUGCCAUAGGAGACUUGGAUGAAGCGGGAGGAAAGAGGACUGUGGGUGAAAUCGAAGCUUCUGGCGGUUCCGCAACCUUCGUACGAACCAACGUCACCAACUGGGACGACCAGGUCGCGCUUUUCGAGCACGCAAUUUCAACGUACGGCGCAGUAGAUAUCGUGGUUCCAAAUGCGGGUGUAGCAGAGUCGCCGCCCGCCGGAUUCGCAACCGUCCAAUUCGACGAGGGCGGAAGGCCGGUUGCGCCUUCGAUGCUUACGAUCGACGUCAAUGUCAAAGGGGCGUGCUACACCGCGCAUUUAGCCCAGCACUACCUGCUACUGAACAGUCAAAAGGGAGAUCUGAAGGCUAUCGUAUUGAUAGGUUCUAUGGCUUCAUGGGUCAAACUACCAUUAGCUGAUCUAUACACCGCAUCAAAGCAUGCAAUGCUGGGUCUCAUGCGGGGAAUGUACGUUCGCAUGGAAUUCCAAGGCAUCAGGAUAGCUUGUGUCCACCCUUGGUUCGCAGACACAGAAAUCCUUCCGACCGCAGUGAAGUUGUUCCUAUCAGGCAUGCCAUUAUCCCCCAUUCCUCGAAUCGCCAAUGCAAUCUUCUACGCGGCAACCGAUCCCGACCCAAACACGAACGGAGCAUCAUGGCUCCUGGCGGACGAUGGACCCGUGGUGUUGUGCCCCAAAGAAGACUUCAAGUUUGGCGUGUAUAGCAUGCUGGAUGAGAGGGUGAAUGCUGUCACUGCGGGACUGAAAGGUAUCCAAUAUUACCGACGUUUGGUGAGCGACCUUUGGCGACUGAGCAGGCCGUUACACAAGUACCUUUAUGCGGCUGUCUUCGCUGGGGUGGCGUGGAGCAGUCGCGAGCAUCUCGCAAUAGUGAUUGACGCAGCUCAGCAAAGGUUGCGAGACCCGCCAGCUGGACUAGCUUAA